AUGUCCAAUAUUAAUGAGCACCGGGAGCUAAAUAAUAUGGACACAUCAACUACUACUACUACCACUACUACAACUAGUGGUAGUGAUGUUCAGCUAACUGAAGGCACUAUUAUAACUAUUAGCCGUUUGAUUAGGGAUUAUGGAUCACCAAUGGACGCACCGCCACCUUAUAGUCCCAUAGAUAUUAAUAAUAGUGUGGUUAUUGAUGGUGGACAGGGAGCUAGUGGUGAUGUUAAAUGUCAAGUGUGUUUCAAUUUGAUAUCCAUACCAUCCAUAAGCAGCCGCGAUUAUGAUGACUGCGACUAUCAACCCGUUAAUGAUCGUACUGUUAGCUGUAGCUAUUGUAAUGAGGAAACGCCUAUCAAAGCACCGCCACUUGGAAUGUGUUACUACCGGUGCUCACAGUGUCACUGUCUAUUGAAACACUCGGCCCAUGCCUUAAGUAUACGAUGCACUCGUCCUACUUGUAAUAAAUGGCAUACCCUUAACAACAAUGGUGGUCAUCAGCCAACAUCAGCUGCAGCACCAGCACCUGUACCUUCAUCGACAACAACAAGCAACUACUAUCAUAAUAUACCCAGAUCAUCGGCCAGGGAGCUAAAUAGAUGUUUGGCUGAUCCUAUUCAAUCGGAAACGUUAUCACCAAUUAAAUCUAGAUCAAUGUGCUCGACAAUGGUCAAAUUUUUAUUUCGUUUGAUUAGGGAUUAUGGAUCACCAAUGGACGCACCGCCACCUUAUAGUCCCAUAGAUACUAAUAAUAGUGUGGUUAUUGAUGGUGGACAGGGAGCUAGUGGUGGUGGUAGUGUUAAAUGUCAGGUUUGCUUCAAUUUGAUAUCCAUACCAUCCAUAAGCAGCCGCAACGAUGAUGAUGACGACUAUCAACCCGUCAACGACCGUACUGUUAGCUGUAACUAUUGUAAUGAGGAAACGGUGUACGAUGCACUCGUCCUACUUGUAAUAAAUGGCAUACCCUUAACAACAACAAUAGUGGUCAUCAACCAACAACAACAACAUCAUCAGCAGCACCUGUACCAUCAUCAUCGACAACAAGCAACUACUAUAGUAAUAUACCCAGAUCAUCGGCCAGGGAACUAA